UCUUAGUGCAAGAUGGUAACUCCCAACAUGGUGGCAAGCCACCACCCCCGGCCAAUAACUGGGUUCUCUUUCCGUGGAGAGAAGAGAAUGUGUGUUUCCUGCCUAACUCGGGCUUAAUCGCGCAGUGGACGGCCUGUUCACAUCAUGAGCAAUAUUUACAUCCAGGAACCGCCGACUAACGGCAAGGUUUUAUUGAAAACAACAGCUGGAGAUAUUGAUAUUGAGCUAUGGUCAAAAGAAGCCCCCAAAGCAUGUCGGAACUUUGUUCAGCUUUGUAUGGAAGAUUACUAUGACAACACGAUAUUUCAUAGGGUUGUACCUGAAUUUAUUGUGCAAGGAGGUGAUCCAACUGGCACUGGGUCAGGAGGAGAGUCCAUCUAUGGAGCCCCUUUCAAGGAUGAAUUCCAUUCACGAUUGCGCUUUAAUCGACGAGGGCUGGUUGCCAUGGCAAACGCUGGGCCUCAUGAUAAUGGCAGUCAGUUCUUCUUUACUUUGGGUCGCGCAGAUGAACUUAACAACAAACACACCAUCUUUGGAAAGAUUACUGGAGAUACGAUAUAUAAUAUGUUACGACUUACAGAGGUUGAAAUUGGCUCAGAUGAAAGACCAGUCAAUCCACAUAAAAUAAAAAGUACAGAGGUUUUGUUUAAUCCUUUUGAUGACAUAAUUCCAAGAACCAGUAAGAAGCUGAAGAAAGAAAAACCAGUGGAAGAAGUAAAGAAGGCAAAAUCCAAAGGCACAAAAAAUUUUAGCUUGCUUUCAUUUGGAGAAGAAGCUGAAGAGGAGGAAGUGGAAGUCAACAAAGUUAGCCAGAGUAUGAAAGGAAAAAGCAAAAGCAGCCACGACUUACUGAAAGACGAUCCUCAUCUGAGCUCAGUUCCUGCUAUUGAAAGUGACAAAGCAAAUGCAGUGCCCAAUUCAGAUGAGGAUGAAGAGGAAGACGAAAGCUAUGAUGACGAGGAUGACAUGGAUGGGGACGAGAAACAUCAAAUGAAAGAACGCAUUGCUCAGAAGUUAAAAAAAGAUACUAAUCUAACUGUUAAAAAACCUGCUAAAGAGGAAGAACCAGAGAAGAAAAGUAGCCGCAGUGAGGAAUUACGGAAAGAAGCACGCCAGCUGAAACGCGAACUGCUAGCAGCAAAGCAAAAGAGGGAAGAAAAUGCCUCAAAUCCAAAGGAGGAUAAAAUUGAAGAUACAGAGAUAGGAGAUCCCCCAAACAGCAUUGUUGCAGAAUAUCUGGAAGAGAAGAAGAAAUAUGAAGAACUGAGAAAGCAACAGCCAAAAAGGGGGGCGUCCCGUGAAGAUCAGACUUUGGCAUUGCUGAACAAUUUCAAAUCGAAGCUAAACCAAGCCAUAGCAGAAACACCUGAAAAUGAAGUAUCUGAGCCAGAAGUGGAAGAUGAUGAAGGAUGGAUGUCACAUAUACUUCAUUUUGAGGAUAAAAGCAGAAAGGUAAAAGAUGCAAGUGUGCCAGAUGAAGACACCUUCGAGAUUUAUGAUCCUCGGAACCCUGUUACUAAGAGGAGAAGGGAAGAAAGCAAAAAGAUUCUGAGAGAGAAAAAGGCAAGAAGAUGAAAUGUAUGUCAAGCUAGCCAGAGCUGAAAAUGACUGCACAAAUGUUCUGGCUGUGUAGUAGCUGGUGUCCUGAAAUAUGUCACUUACCAUGUGUGAAACGGUAUCUGGUGUCUAAUUUGGAAACAGUGCCAUCUCCUUUUGUUUUUGUGAAUUCUGAUGCAAAGUAAGAAUGUGUUAUUAGAAGAGCUUUGUGAAAUUUUUGGAAAUAAAUGUUGAUAAAAUACUUUGUUCUUUCUCUCUGAGUGUCCAUUUGUAUAUUUGCAAUGUUUAUGCAGAAAGUGUUUUAUUUACAUUUUCAGCAUAGUGAAAUAUUUUGGAAUAUUAUACGGUAUAAUGUAUGAAAAAUAUAUCUGCAUGUCAAAGAAGACAUAGAGUCAGAUAAGCUAAAGAACAUAAGAUAAUCUUUAUAUAUAGAGAUGCCUAAAGGUAAUUUAAAAGUGAAGCCUUACUUUCACCCAUCUGAACAGAACCCUGAAGAUGAUCUCAAGAUAAGAGAAUGAAAUCAAGGGAAAUAAUUGAAAAAGAAUGUUAUAAUAAUGGUGAGUUUAGCUACCCUUACACUGACUGGCUGAUGGCAUAGAGAAAAGUGACUGAUUAAAUUCAGUAUUUUAUUUCAAUUGAAAGUUGCCCCCAAAAUCCAAAACAAUCACAUUUGAUUUCAAAAAUGGGAACUUAACAAAAUUCAGGGGACUCAUCUGAAGAAUACUGAAAGAGAGAAUCAGGAAAGUCAAAUCCCUUCAAGAUGUUGAGAAACUAUGUAAAAUCACAUUUUUGAAAUAAAAGUCAAAAUAAAAUGCAUACCUCAGGUUAGGAAAGGUACCACUAAUUCUAAAAAGAUGUUAGCACAGCUUAACAACCCAAUUCAAAGAAGGCGCAAAAGGCAAGAAGACUUCAUUAAAAAAGUAGGGCAUACUUGGGUGAAGUGAACCAAAAGCAGUGUGCGUAUGGGCAAAACAAAUGUAAGCUGAAAGUAAGGCAACAAAAAGAGAUUUAGAUAGGUGGAUUGCUAAACAAUAAGCAUUUCUUCAAAUAUAUCAGGAACAGAUAGCUGGCUAUGGAGGUGGUUGGACCCCUGAAAGUGAAAGGAUUUCUUAAGGAUCAUGGAGUGAUGGCAGAAUAACUGAAGAAAUUCUUUGCAUUGGUUUUCACCAUGGAAAAUAUGGGGAGGAUGCCUAUGUCAGAGCCACUGUCUUCAUGAUGGAUGUUUGAAGAAUUGAGCCAAAUAAAGGUGAUGAGGUGGGAAAUUCUUAGACUAACGGACAAAUUGAAAACUAACCAGUAUGCAGGUCCAGAUGGCAGACACGCUAAUGUUCUUAAAUAACACAACGGUGAGACUGCUGAUCUUACAAGUUUACAUAACUUACUGCUAAAAUGUUCCUCCCUACCAGAGGACUAGAAAAUAGCACAUGGACCACUAAUUUCUAAAGAGUUCCGAAACAUUUCAGAUCAAUUAUUGUGUUCUAAGUAAAUUAGUAGAAAUUGUUAUUAAAGAUAAAAUUAGUAAGCACAUGGAUGACUAAGACCUGCUGAUGGAAAAUCAGCAAGGCUUCUGCAAAGGAAAGUAGUGCCCCACUGCCCUUCUAAAGUUCUCUGAACUUAACUAACAAGUGGAUGUGAUCAGGAAGACGUUAUAUGGACUUUCCAAAAGCCUUUUGACAUGAUCCCUUACUGAAGAUUCCCAAGUUACUUUAGCAGUCAACAGAUAAGAAGUGUUCUAGGAAAUUGAAAAUUGGUUAAAACAGCAGCAUUCAGAGAAUAGCAGUAAAUGGACAGUUCUUGUAAACAACAGAAGCAAGCGGUGGGAUCCCCCGAGGACAUGUAUUUAAUAUGUUGAUCAAUGAUUUGACAAUUGAGGGUGAGCAAUGCAGAGAUUAUACCAAAUUGUUCAGGAUAAUUGAAACCAAAACAGAACAAUGAAGAGCUCAAGGAGGAUCACUUAAAAUUGGACAAAUAAAUUAAUCUGAGACAAAUGAAGUUCAGUGUAGAUUAGUGCAAGGUGAUGAACACUGGACCAAAACAAUCCUAACCUUAAAUAUAUGCUAACUGCUUUGACUGGAAAGUAGAGAGAUGUGGGUCCAUAGGGGAUAGCUGAAUGAACAUGUUGCCCAAAAAUGAUGCACUUCCAUUUUGUUGACAUCACUUCCAACCAUUGGGAGGGGUGACUACUGGUUAGGGGGGCCAACAUCAAGUACUUGUACUGAUGGACAGUGUGGUAUUUUAUGAUGAAGUGAGUUAAAGUAUUGUUCUGAUUUGUAACCUUGGUUCUCCUUAAUAAACUAUCUCUGAGUAUUUCAA